AUGGGUCCACGCCAAGUGAUUGACUGGCAUCGUGAUAUCAAUGAGGCACGUCAAGAUGAGGUCUACGAUUUCAGCCCGGACAAACUCAAUGUGCGGAAUAUCGCGUUGAUUGGCGAAUUCUCGCUAGCCCACUGCCGUUUAGCUCAAACCGCCGACAAGACUCCAUCGGCCACUCAUGUCGAAACAGCAGGCAUUAGAGCCUUGGCGCGCCUCUCCACCAUUGCGUUGCGUCAGAUGCAACAUCGAGUCCGAGAAUCAUGCUUCGUCAAGAAACGAAGACGGAAAGACAGCAUGUCCAGGCCGGACUCAAGUGGCAACGCCAAUCCCGCAGCCAUUCCAGACCGGAAUGUUUUCCUCAACAAACUACGACUAGAUGUUGAUACGCUCUACCAGCUAUCGUCUCGCCUGGCGUCGUUGUAUCGGAAAAUAGCCUCAACUCCAUCCAAGCAGUUCCUCCCUACGGCGAUCACCCGGCUUCCUACCGGCCAUGAAACCGGUCGCUAUCUCGCGGUCUACGUUGGGUUGUUCUACUUGAAAGUGGCCUUCAUUGAUCUUCUGAAAGAUCAACCUGGUCAGGGACAGUCUCGUGUCAGAAGAACCCUGGAGAAAGCGUGGCCCAUCGAGGAGCACCUGCGACGAGAUGACGCCUUCAACCUGUUUGCGUGGAUUGGGGAUUGUAUCGCUGAAGUGGUAGCCGAUAGUCUCGAUAAUCCCAUGGAGAGGUUGCCGAGCGAGUUGACUACAGGAAUCUCAUUGUGUAUGCCUCUUGAACAAAAGUCACUCGACGAAGCAAUUUUGAUGCCUACCGGGAAAGGCUUCGUCUUGAAUUCAGAUUUAAACCUUCGUCAGGCUUUGCUUCGUGGGUAUGAACGCCACACGCGAAGCUUCGAUGAGGAUCGCGACAGGCCAGGCCCGGCCAAAAAGCGGAAGCUUUACAGUCUACCUACGUUGAAAAUUGCAGCAAUGACCAACGAUACUGGCGCCACCCUUGCUUCGCUGGCGUACUCGAUCCCUUCUCUGCCUAACACCCGCGUUGUCAUGGGCUUAAUUGUCGGGGCAGGAUGUAACGCGACCGUCCCCUUUCCCAUCGCAGACCUUCAUGAGUCCAAAACCCGGCAUAUCCUCUCUCAGGACCCGGAUGCUGUCGAAACGCUGGUAUCUACAGAAUGGACACUCUCAACCUCGGCGGCUCCUUUAUAUGAGCUGGGUAUCCUUACCUCUUGGGACGAACAACUAGACAAACAAUCCCAACGGCCAGGAUUUCAACCCUUUGAGUAUAUGGUUGGCGGAGCCUAUAUUGGCGAGCUGGUUCGAAUCAUCUCCUAUGACUGGUUUCAUCGGAUUCGAGGAGUCCCGGCAGCCGAACUUCCUCUGAAGCUUGUCGGGCAACGGACCCUUCAAACGGAUUUUCUAUCUUUGGAGGUGGCUUCAACUCACAGCAAUGAACGAUUAGCAACCAAAUUAUCAAUACAUCUUCCUCCUCCGGAAAAGAGCAGUUGGACAUGGACGCCAGAGUCGGCAAGCGAUCUCCGUGCAAUCGCAGCAGCAGUGCAGGACCGAGCAGCCGCAUUAGUGGCUUCCGCGGUGAUUGGACUUCUGGUCAGUAUUCGUGAGAUCCGGUUCCAAGAUAUCGAGUCUUCCAGCGCCUCGAGUAGCAACGAACAACCCAUAAGCAGCAAUGCUCCCAGUGAUUCCAGUUGGAAACAUGGGCCCGAAGAACUAGCGGUCGCAGUCUCAGGUGGUGUUAUCCAGCACUAUCCGAGCUAUAAAGCGACUGUUCAAAGAUAUAUCGACCGACUCAUAUUACGCGCAGGUCCGCAGGAAGGAGGAAAAAGUGUCUUUCUUCGUGAGGUCAGCGAUGGCGGAAUUGUUGGGGUCGGUGUUUUGGCGGGAAUGGCCUCGGGUGAGAUAGGAGAAAUCAUCUGCGGGUCAUUAGAUCGAGACAACGAUGCAGGUGGUGAAAAAGAUGCAUAA